UUUUUUCAAGACGAUUGCAGUCACGGUGUAGCUAUGAGAUACGUAAGUUGAGAUUUAAGUUUGUUUUUUCCAUAAUUCAACGAUUACUCGUCGAAUUAUAUGGAAAUUUUGUGUGAAAUUAGGUCGCGUGUAUGUAGUAUGAAUAAGUAUAAAAGUGAAGAUACGCGAUAAAAAUAUCAUGUAACGGAGUGGCGGGAGAUUGCAAGUAAAUAGCAGAUCAGCUGAUGAGUGACAACAGACAAACGAAAGCUUAUUGUUCUUGGUCUUGGUUAUGGCGACAAGCAGUUCCGAUGGUUCUUGUACAGCACCUGCAGAUUUUCAGCUUUCGUCAGAAUUGGAAGACGUUUCAAAUCGUUUAAGCGUGAAUUUAUUAAAGUGCCCACUGUGCCAUAAUAGUCGCCGAAUUUUUCAUUGUCGGCAGUGUAUUCAAAAUGGAGAUUUUAUCCAUUCAACUUCUGUUUAUUCUGAACGGUUUGCAGAUAAACAAUUGCGACUUUUACGGUUGAAAGCUGCCAGAGCUCAAUUGGAAGAAAAAUGUGUAAAAGCUCUUGAAAAACAUAAACAAAGGGAUAAAUUGAUAUGUGAUAUAAAUACUUGUAAAGAAAGAGUUAGACUACUCCAGUCAUUAGUGAAUGAAACGAGGCAAAGUAUAAACAGAGGUAAUCAACGUUUAAAUAUUCUCAAAGACGUAAACUCUCAGUUAGCACUUAGAUUACCUAGACAUGAAGAACGAGUAGAAAAAUUACAUCGUUAUGUUACUGGUUUGAGAGCAAAACAAGAAAAACAAAAAGAAGCGGUAGAUAGGAAAAGACAGCAGUUGAAAAAAGUCAUCAGAACUGCUGCUAAACAAUUAAUUCAGUAUAUUUUUCCAUUAUCUAAAGUGCAACCUAGUAGAAGUCUGUGUAGUAGCGAGGAAGAUGCUAGUUCAGAUGUAACUUGUGCACUGGCAGAUGCAUCUGGAACAUCAUAUGUUAGAGGCAGAUGGAUAAAUGAUACAGAAAAUGCUCUAGAAGUCCAACAUCGUAUAGUUGCCCCAACUUUACCAGGAAGUGGAGAUUAUAGUGCUUAUUCUUUAUGGGACACAUCUGUUUUAGUGGCAGCAAAUAAAGAUGGAGUACCAGGUGCAAAUAAAGAGACUGCAAUGCACAAUCCAGCAUAUAAUAUCAGUGCUGCUUUAACUUAUGCUACACAGUUGGUUAAUAUUAUUGCUUAUUAUGUUAAUGUAAGGCUACCAUAUAAACUUGCUUAUGGAGAAUUUUGUGGAAAUGAGAUGUCAGAUCAAAAAUUUGCCAAGAAAGUAGCAAGGCUCAAUAGCAAUGUAUUACAUUUAUGUUUUACACAAAAUACCAACACUGCAGUUUUACAUCCAAUGCAUACUCUGCAAAAUCUAAUGCACUUGCUCAAUACUGAAAUUAGUGAUCUUGGAAGAAUUGGUCCAAUGGAAGUUGAUUCAAAUAUUGUAGCACAAUUGCACAGUCAAUUAGUUCCCGAUUUAGAAAAUAGCGACGAUUCUGCUUCUGAUGAAGAGGAAGAUACUUUUAAUUGGGAUUGGGAAGCUGUACCAAAUGUUGCUUGUCCUGAAAUGGCAGUUCCCAUUCCUGGUGCAAUGAUUAGUCAACAAUCAUCUAGUAUGCAAGUGAAUCAAAGUGUUGCUGGAGGCUUAGUUACAAGUGCUGCAGCUAGUAUAGCCUCUAUUUGGCGUGGUUGGACAACAAACAAAUAGACUGUUUUAUUUAAUUAAUAAAUCUCUUUUUAUACAAAUCAUAACUACAUAUGUAAGGACAUAUGUAGCAAAAGACACAAAAUUGACAAUGCUCCAAAAAUGUGAAAUACUGAAGAAUGAAUGUUUAAAAGUAUAAUGUACUGUAAAUACAUGUAUGAAUUUAUUACUUCAUAUAUGGUACGUGAAAUAGUUUAAUUCCGUGAUAACAAAUUUUGUAAGAUCUGAUGAUUAGUUUAUUUUGAACUAUUUAUAUAAUAUACUGAUUUGUGCUAUUAUUUGUAAUAUAAUUCCAAAUACUUUCAGUAUGCUGAUGAUAGAUCGUAAUUCUGUGGUACAAAUUUUGUAAGUGUACAAGCAAGCAAGUUUGAACACAAUAUUACAUUUUCAAUAAUUCUUUACUUAUAAAUAUGAUUCAUUAAUAAGAUGUGAGUUUAAUACGACUGCCUUUUUUAUGCUCACUGCACUUUGUGUAAUUAUGUAUCUGUUAACAUAUACAUAAAAUAUUUCCUCGCAUUAAAGGUGUCAUUACUAUCAUGAUAUUAUCCGUGUACUUCUAAGUUAUUACAACAUGAUUUUAACAUAAUGUUUUAAGGUCUAUAGUUUUUGGUUUUCUACAAAUAUAUACAAUUGGACAAAUCAGGUAACAAGUUUGUUACUUAAAACUACUUAAUGUGUUUUAUAAGCGAUAUAAUGUCUCUGAUAGGAAAACCAUAUCUUAAAAAUGUUAUCACUUUUAUGUAGAUAUGAUCAUAUCAUAUAUAUUCCACACAUAUUUUUGAUCAUAUAUCGAAAAAGAUAUGACCUGUUAAACACUUCAUACCUGACAAUAUACUAUACAUAAUAUGGAUGUAAGCAAGGUUGUAUUAGAUUAAUGACUUUUCAUUAAAUUAAGUUAAAAUUAAGAAUAACAUAUAUGAUAUCAAAGUAAAUUUUGUAUUUGAGGUGUUGUUGAAGAUAUAUUAUGUAGAUUUAGUAAAAAUCAAAAAUGAUUUAUAUAUUAUUAUUACUAAAGCACAAAUUUACCAAUGUAGCAUAGAUGCACCAUUAUAUUAUCCUUAAAAUAUAUGUAAUUCUUGUAGUAAAUUACGUUUUUCUAAUUAAAUAUUUCUUUAAAGUAACAAUUCAAAUUAUUUAAUAUCUACAAUUAUACAUAAGAAUAGGAAAUGAAAUGUUCUUCAUUUUACCUAUUAUAUAUGUAUUUUAAUUUUAAUAUAUAUAUAUAUAUAUAUUAUGAAGGAAUUAUAACUAUAAUUAUAUAGGAGAAAAGUGAAUACCUAUAUGUAAAGUAAAUAUGUAUAUGUAAUUUAUAUUAAUUGUAAUAUCAAUUUACUAAUAAUUGUAAUAAUAAUCAUUUUUUUUAUAGAAUAUCAUUAAAAAAUAGAACCAAUUAUCUCUUAUAAUUGUUAAAUUUAAAAUACAACGUAAUGUAAAAUUAUCUAUUAUGCGAAUAAUUAAUAUUAUGCAUAGUUACAUUUGAUUAAAUAAUUUUAUACGUGUUCGUUUUUUCGAAAAUUAUAGCGUUUUAUAAACUACAAGGAUAAAAUUAUUCUAUGGAAUUAUAAUUGAAUACUAAUACAAAAUGUUAUGUGUAAACUGAAAUUUGUAAACAAACUAGCACAAAUUUAUAAAUGUUAUUUGAUAAGUACUUUAAGAAAUUUAAUAGCACAUCAUAGUUCAUGUGCUUUAAUUAAAAUAAAAAUGUAAAUCUAGUUCUUAUCAAGAUAUUCUUGAUAAAAUUAAAAAAAUAUUUUGGAUUAGUUUGAUAAGUAAUGUAAAUACAAUGAUAUACAGUUUAUAUAUUAUAUAAAAUGGCUAUGUUUUACCUACAAAGUUUCAUUGUGAUAUUACAAAUAAAUUAGAGUUUGUUUUUUAUCAA